AUGAGCACCACGCCCGUCCAGGAGGCCCCUGCUCAGGGACUGUCCUCCAGCAGUGGCCAGACGCUGCCCUCCCGACCUCUGCAGCCCCUCUCUGACCCCUCAGCUUCCAAAAGAGUCUGUUUCUACAAAAGCGGCGACUACAAAUUCAGCGGGCAUCGCAUGGUCAUCAACGCCCGCACCUUCAAGACGUUUGACGCUCUGCUGGAUGCUCUGUCCAAGAAAGUGCCUCUGCCGUUCGGCGUCAGGACCAUCACCACGCCCCGAGGGACUCACCUGGUCAGGGCUCUGGAUGACCUGCAUGACGGGGGCGCUUAUGUGUGUUCUGAUCAGAAACGGGUGAAGCCACUGAACCUGGACGAGGUGAACCGCCGGCAGGUACCGUGGAACACCACCAGACCUCUGAGCGCGGGGCGACGGCGCCGUCAAGGACUCAGAUCGGGCCAGUUAGGCAGAGCGAACGAAGCCUCCGGCAGGCCAGCCAGGGUCACGGAGAGGGUGGCAGUACGGACGCCCAAGAGGCUCACGGUCAUCAAGAACAAGGACCCCAGUGUUAAACGCACCAUUGUGUUGCAGAGGAGAACGGCGCCCACGUUUGAUGCUCUGCUGGAUUACCUGUCCCAGAUCCUGCAGUUCCCGGUGCUGAAGCUCUACUCUACAGACGGCAGACGAGUAAGUUGGCGGGAAACAAACAAAUAAACGUGUUUCCUACAAUGUUGGACUAUUUCUUUAAGUAGUGGUACAAAUGCUGCAUGAUGCUUAAAUAAUUUCUCUCUCUCUCUCUCUCUCUCUCUCUCUCUCCUUCAUUAAUCGCCUUCAACAAAAGAAAACAACAAAUCUUUCUCAAGUGGAAGAGGCUCGAGGAACUUCUCCCUGUCGUCUGAGCGAUACAUUGUGAACCAGAUAAACAAGUCCCAAAGCGGAGGCGUGGCCGGCCGCCUGCAUCACCACCGCGGGUCGUUUGAAGCAGAAGUUCACCAGCGUCAGAUCGGGACGUCCGGGAGGGGAGACAACGAGCACGGCAGCUGCAUCGUACCUCAGGAUGACGACAUCGAAAAGUCCUUCCGUGUGAAUCAAGACGGCAGCAUGACAGUGGAGAUGAAAGUUCGUCUGACCAUUAAGGAGGAAGAGCUGCUCCACUGGACGACCACGCUCAGCCGCUCCAGCCUUACCAAGAGGACGGUUUGUGCCUCCAUCCCUGAGUCAGGCGACAGCUCCCCCGACUCAAACAACGCCGUUGCCAAAGCCUCCCCGAGCAUCAGCGGGGACGAAACGAAAGAGGAGAACUAUCCUGCUGGGGCUGGAAAGGGCGUCGGCUUUCACGAUGAGCAAAUAUACGAAGGCUACACUUCAGCGGCGCUGGGAAAAGCGAAAAAAGGUUUCAAACGCGCUCCUACGCCAGGACCUCGACACGUUAACAAGACGGCAUCCGUGGAGAGCGUGACGAUGGUGACGGAGUCGGGGGUUCAGGAGAGCACCCUGGGACGUUACUCCUACGUGGAGAGGACCGUCGACGGGGAGACGACGGAGGGAUACUGCGUCGUGAGACACAGCAGCAGCAGCAGCAACCGACCGAUCCCGAAACCUCGGAAAACCGCGUCCGCAGGAGGGAGGAACAAAUACUCAAACUCCUCCAUCAGGUCGUCGGGAGUCGCUGAGGUCCUUCAGAUAGAGAACAAUGGCAUGGAGGUCACAGAGACUGUCAUGCAUAUUUAUGAGAGUCAGGGUUGCUAUGACAACUACUUUGCAAAUGAGGAAUAUAGUGCAGACGACAUUCCUUCACAUGGCUCCGCUCUGGGGCCAGAAAGCAAGCCGUCCACCGUCGCCGGGCCUCGUUCGCCUUCUUGCAACGAUUGUGAUAUAGAUUGUAGCUGGCAGCCACCCAGCGCUGACUCACUACGAAGGCAGAAAGAGGAGAUGUUAUCGCUGUCAUCAGAGCCAGCGUCUCCCAGACAGGAGAUUACAAACAAUCUGUCUUCAGUGACUCAGAGCGAUUCACGGAAAAAAGACAACACUUCCAAAAGCACGCAGAAGAAAAAGAUAAUUAGGCCCGCUAGCAAUCAGAGAAGUCCGACUUCAACGAGCAGCACAGAUAAAAAAGCAAAGGAACGCUCGAAAAAUAGCAAACAUUCAUCUACUGACAAGCUGAGCAGCAACGCCAGCGUGCGGAAAAAGAGUUUGAAUUCAUCAGACAGUGCUAAAAGUGGCCAAAAGAGUAAAGGAGCAUCCAAGAAAGCAGACACGCCUCAGUCGAAGGCAUCAACUAAAGAUGAAAAGCUGUCCAGGAAAGACUCGGCCUUAUUAGGUAGCUCAGAAAAGGUAAAAAGAACCCCACCUAAACGACCACACCUGAAUAAAGCAGCUGCUAAGGAUAAUGGCAGUAACCUCAAUAUUUCAACGGGAAGGCCUCAAAUGAAAAAGAACAUGUCAGACAUUUUACAGGCUAAAAAACCUUCUUUGCCAGCUAAGAAGACCAUCAGCAAGCCAAAAUCAGUGAUCGAAAACAGAAUCUCACCACCCAGAAAGCCCCUAGAGCUAAGUGAGAGCGUGUCAAUGCCUUCCAUCAAUCCUUCACCCUCCGAAAUCCACCAAUACGUUGAGGACUGGCUGGAGAACGUCACCCCAGACGCAGGGCCCUACAUGGAGGAGAUGAUCCCAGAUGGAACAGAGCGUCGGCCCAACGUUGUGUUUCAGAUCGGAGGUGACUCUGAAUCAGAUGACAAGACUGAAUGCCAGGCUACUUUAGACGAGUAUUAUCCAUCAACCAGUGAUGCAAUCAAGAAAUCAGCUUCCUGUCUGUCAGUUCCUCUUUGCCAUGAAGGCCCAGCUCUGCUGCACAGCGAACAGAAAGCACGAGGCUUAUGUGUUUCCAUGCCGAGCGUCAGGGUCGAUCCUGCACACCAGGAGAGCAACCUGAGGCCCCACAGAUCCGUAGAAGCCAUUGGCACGGCUGACGGCGAAGCAUCUUCGUCCAACAUUUUGAGCCCCAAAGCAAAGAUCAGACCCGUUCUGCGGCAGCUUUGUUCGUCAAUUCAGUGCAUUAGAAGAGCGUCAGACGUCACCACCACAUCCAACCUUGAGAAAUCCAACAGCGUUCCUGAUUUCCCAACACAAGUCGCCUCCGUGUUCGGCUCAUCGUGUAAAGCCUUCAUGUCGUUUUUGUCGGUCAUGACUCUGAGAGACAACCUAAACAGCCCAGCAUCAGGAGAAGGCAGCCAAUCCAGGACCACCUCCGAGGCCAUGCUGAUGAUGGAGUCCCUGCAGAAAAUCUCUGCCAUCGGGGACGAGGAGGAGCAGAGGGCGAGUCUGACCGAUCUACAAAGCCGAGCAUCUUCUCAGCUCAGAGAGCGCUGGAAGGAUUUCCAGAUUCUGAGAGAAAGGUUUGAAAGUGAGCCGCUUUCUCCCAGAGUUUCAGAAACAGAGUUCGCACUGGACGUCGUCUCUGAAGGCGGAGAUGUCUUUGAUGAGCGCAUCGACGAGCUGAUGGACGAACUGAAUAUGCCGCAAGACCUCAGAGCAGAGAUCGCUUCAACUAUCCAACAGGUGAAAAGUUUCUACCCUGUAGAGGAGAGCUCGCUGUGGGAAACUGACAGACGCCAGUCAGAGUCCGAGGAGGACGUGGAGCAGUUUGUCAAAGGAGAUGAAACCAAACAAUCAGCAGAGCCUGAUAGCACACGCAUGGCUGAGGACGUUACUGAGACACAACAGGGCAACAAUGAGGCAGAGACGGACUACUUAGAAGACAAGAUAAUACAAGAGUCAGACCAAGAAGCUGAUGAAGCUCAGGAGUCACAGACAGAAAGAGACGAGACAUCAGUAGUCAAACAAAAUGAUGUAGAAGAGAAUGAGAAAGAGGAGCAAGUAGAGGAGGUGAAAAACGCUGAAGUGUUGGACAGUGAGGACGAAGGGAAUAAGAGAGAAGACAGUGAAAGAGAGGAUGAGGCAGACGAGGAGCUGGACGAACAGGAAGCAGAGGAAGGAAGUGGCGAGGAAUCUGUUGAGAAAGUAGAGGAAGGGGCAGAGGAAGAGAUAGCAAUGGAUGAAGAUGAGGCGGAGGAGGGAUUAGAGGAAGGGGAGAAGGAAGUGGGUGAGGACACAGAGGAGGGAUCAGCAGAUGAGGGAGCAAGAGAGGACGAUAGUGUCGAGGAAACAGACGAGAGAGAGGGCGAUGAAGAGACAGGGGAGGAAGACAACAGUGAGGAAGAGGAGAAGCAAGUGGGUGAGAUUAGUAAGGAGAAAGAAGAAGAGGAGGAAGAACCGAAUGAAAAUAUGGAGGAGACAGAUGAAGGGGAAGAAGCAGAGGAUACUGUUAAAGAUGUAGAGGAGGAGGUCAAUGAGGAGGCAGAAGAGGAAGAAGAGAUGGAGGUAGUUAUCGAAGAGAGCGAUGAGGAAGAUGUAGAAGAUGUUGAGGGAAAAGAAGAAGAAAAAGAGCAGGUGACAGAAGUGGUUAGUGAAGAGGAGGAGGAAGAAGAAAGUAGAGUGAAGGUGAUCACAGGUGAGGAAGAGGAAGAAUGUGACAAGGAUGUAGAAGAAGUAGAAAAGUGUGAUGAAGCUGGUGAUAGCCGGAACCCAGCAGCUGAAUCUGCAGCAGAAGAAGCUGCAGAGGAAUUAGAGGCUGAAGAAGCUGUGCAGAGUGUAGAUGAAGGAGAGAGAGAUGAUGAAGAAGGAGAGUUUGAUGAGGAAGUAGACCAGGUGGAGGAACAGUCAAAGCACGAGGCAGAGGAAGGACAUGAUGCUGAAGGUGUGGAUAGUUUUGCUGAUGAUGAGGAUGGUAGGAGCGUGCCGGAAGAGGCGGCCGAUCUGCAGCAGCGUGGCAGCAGCAGUGAAAAGGCAAAUUCACAACAAAUCACUGAAUCACCAACCAGAUGUUCCUCCGAGGGCCAGUGUGAGGAUGACAAAGGCAACGGGACAGACACCGCUCACGAGACGGACGAGGCCGGAGAGCGCUGCGAGGAGGGAAGCAGCGGCGUAGCCCAUCCGGUGGAGAUAUCACAGGAACUACUUGACUUUGUGAACUACGCCCUUCAGUCCUCCUCCCUCGUGUUCACGUACGACACUCAGGGCAACAUCAGGAUAGAGCCUGACAAUGCUCGAGUGACACAGACGACGCUCACUGUGGUCCCACAAACUAGAAAGGACAGUUCGUACGGUUUAAAACGUCUCCCAAGCCCGAGUACGUCAGAUUUGUCCGAUUACAGACCAGAAACAUCGGAGAGCGGCGGAUAUAAAACUCAGGAGUCUGUAGAUAUUGUGUCAGAUAGCGGAGAGGAGGCUUCAGAGAAAGCUUCUCCUGCCCACAGACAUCCAGCACACAGGACCCAGAGAGCAGAUGCCCAGCAGGCCAACACUAAACUGUCCGUUGCAAGUAACUCAGAAGCCCUGAACAGCUCCCAGAUAAACGGUGCAGGAAGUUUUUCUUCAAGUGACUCAGCCACGAAGGCCUCGGGUGAGGAUCUGUCGUACUUCAGUGCUGCGAGCUCUUUUAAAACAGACGUCGAAGCCACACAGGGUGCUGCUUUAGCCCCAAACCCAGCUGAUGGGGUUUUGAUUGAUCAAGGCAGAUGGCUCCUAAAGGAGAACCAUCUCAUCAGGAAGUCUCCACCGGUCUCCCUGGGCAUGUACGGUAAUUUGGACAGCACAUCCGUGGACACCGGUCAGGAGAACAACGGUGAGGACUCCCCGGUGCACAGCAAAGCCCAGCACAGCCCCCUCGCAGCCAUCUCCUCGUCAGAGCUCGAGGAGAUGGCAAAGCCUCAAACCCCGAGGUGCACCUACUACAACAUGCCACACGGAAGCGAUUCGGACCCCUUCAUGGAGGAUUCCUUUGUUAAAAGUGGGAAAAAGGAUUCGCUAAGUUUUAAAGGGAGAGGCGUCCGGGUGUCACCUACGGUUGAUACGUCUAAAACCUGGGCGAGUAAAAAUGGCAGUCUGUCUUCGUUUGCAUCAGUUGAGUUUAAAAUAGCAGACAGGAAAGUGCAUCCUGAGGGGGAGUCCUCAGCCGUGACUCAGGCAAGACGGACAUCUAGUGGAGGAGGGCAUGCACUGCAAGCACAGGACUCCCUGGAAACGCUGCAUGUGCGAUGUGGCCAGUACUGCCCCAUCCUAUGA